AGCGCUCCGCCGCUGCCACGCUAUUUAAACACCGGCUAUGGAUCCAGGAACCCGCGCGAAUCAAUGGGAUCAAACGCGAAGGAGGUGCACCGUCAAUUACAAGCACCUGGACAAGUCUAACUUUUUUUUUUCUUUUACAAAUAACGCCUUCAAAAGCAACCUUAGCAACGCCCAAAUAGAAAGCCACCUCUAAGCCAAAUAGUCUAUGUGCAAAGAGAGGGAGAAUCUAUAUAUUUAUAAUAAGUCUAUAUGUAUAUUACAGACGCACAGGUUUACAUUCGGUGAACUUUUCUUUUUCUUUCUUUGCUUUUUUUCUCUUUUUUUGAUAACCUAGGGACACUGAAGAGGAGUCUUCCUCUUUCUUUUGGCGCUUUACUCAAGGGGGUAUUCUGUGUUCUCGGAGCGCCCAAGGGGGCGCAGGGACAGAGGAGAGAGAAGAGUCGGGAGGAAAGAGGCAGGGUGGGCGGGGGGCAGAGGGCGAGCAGGCAGCCAAGGCGAGGGCUUGCUGGCAACACGAUGCAGUCCCUGCUGCUUCUUACUUUCUCGGCGUGCAUGCUGCUGGCCCGGGCGCGGCUGGCUGGCGGCGCGAGUGGUGGCGGUAGGGACAACGGGCCAGGCAGCGGGCGCCAGCAAAGAGAGGCGCUGGCGGCUCAAAAGAUCGAGGUGCUUGUGCUGUUGCCCCGGGACGAUUCGUACUUGUUCUCCCUAGCCCGGGUGAAGCCGGCCAUCGAGUAUGCUCUGCGUAGCGUGGAGGGCAACGGCACCGGGAGGAGGCUACUGCCUCCGGGCACUCGCUUCCAGGUGGCCUACGAAGACUCGGACUGUGGCAAUCGUGCGCUCUUCAGCCUGGUGGACCGCGUGGCGGCGGCGCGCGGAGCCAAGCCGGACCUCAUCCUGGGGCCGGUGUGUGAGUACGCCGCAGCGCCGGUGGCCCGGCUGGCAUCGCACUGGGACCUGCCGAUGCUGUCUGCAGGAGCGCUGGCCGCCGGCUUCCAGCACAAGGACACGGAGUACUCGCACCUCACGCGCGUGGCGCCUGCCUAUGCCAAAAUGGGCGAGAUGAUGCUUGCCCUGUUCCGCCACCACCACUGGAGCCGAGCUGCCCUGGUCUACAGCGACGACAAACUGGAGAGGAAUUGCUACUUUACCCUCGAGGGCGUCCACGAGGUUUUCCAGGAGGAAGGUUUGCAUACGUCUGCCUAUAAUUUCGACGAGACCAAAGACUUGGACCUGGACGACAUCGUGCGCUACAUCCAGAGCAGUGAGCGAGUGGUUAUCAUGUGUGCCAGUGGCGACACCAUUCGGAGUAUCAUGUUGGCAGUGCACAGACACGGCAUGACUAGCGGAGAUUACGCCUUCUUCAACAUUGAGCUCUUCAACAGUUCUUCCUACGGAGAUGGCUCGUGGAAGCGAGGAGACAAACACGACUUUGAAGCUAAGCAGGCAUACUCAUCCCUCCAGACAGUCACCCUACUGAGGACCGUGAAACCUGAGUUUGAGAAGUUUUCCAUGGAGGUGAAAAGUUCUGUUGAGAAACAAGGGCUCAAUGAGGAGGAUUACGUGAACAUGUUUGUUGAAGGGUUCCAUGAUGCCAUCCUCCUCUACGUUCUGGCUUUACAUGAAGUUCUCAGAGCUGGCUACAGCAAGAAGGAUGGGGGGAAAAUCAUCCAGCAGACCUGGAACAGGACUUUUGAAGGUAUCGCUGGGCAGGUGUCCAUAGAUGCCAACGGGGACCGGUAUGGGGACUUCUCCGUGGUUGCCAUGACAGAUGUCGAAGCCGGCACCCAAGAGGUUAUUGGUGAUUACUUUGGAAAGAAGGCCGGUUCAAAAUGCGAUCCAAUGUCAAGUACCCAUUGGGGCCCUUUGAAACUGAGAAUAGAUGAAACCAGAAUUGUGGAGCAUACCAAUAGCUCUCCUUGA